AUGUAUAAUACGAGGCAAGCUGAAGCUAUGAUAGACGAAGAGUUUCUGGACAUUUUCCUAUGGUGUAAUCAUGAAGUUGAGGGGAACUUAUGGCGAUGUAACGCGAGGGUCACGAUUAUUUCUUUAGGCGUCAAUGGUGCUUCGGAUGCUAUUCGCAAGCAAUUCACUACAUUUCACACAAGUAAUCGUUUCAUGACGUCUACAAUUCUUCGCAACGAGCUGAGCAUGGGUGACAUUUUAAUUAGACUAGAACUAUACGAUAUUUUUGGAUAUCGAAAUUUUGUUAUGUUUACUAUUGAUUUCACGAAACCGUCGCCCUUAACCGAUCUUAACGUUGGGUUUCAAAAUAGCGAUGUAAGAGUUUAUGUGAAUACUCAGUAUCUUUCAAUCCACUCUGCAAAAUUCGCUCACUUAUUCGUGCGGAUAAAACCUGGCUGUGCAGAGAGACUUUGUCCAACUACUGAAAACAAAUCUGAGUUCGGAACUUGUAGCGAUUAUGACGUAUUAAGUAUGCAGAGUGACGAAGCAGAAGUGAAACUCUACAGUGGUGAAGAGAUUUUCGGAGCAAGAACACAUGACGUCGAUAACAUGUGUUUCCUCCUUCCGAUUUGGUUUCAAUUUUUGCUUCACAGACAAAAAACUCGUGGUAAUGAGUCGGCAGUUGUCGUCAAAGGUCACAUUUGUAAUUUGUUCAAAUCGGUUAGAGCCGCAAAAGAAACGAUCGCUCCUCCUUUUGUGGAAAUAAAGAUGAAAGGUCGAUUCGAUUUUAUCAACAACACUUUGGUAUUUCUUGGAACUGAAGAGCCCCCGGACGAAAUCAAGGUGGCGACGAGCCCCACAUUACCUGUGACGUUGAUUUUUUUGGGAGCAGUUCUUUGUAUGAUAUUGUUUUUCUACCUCGGAAGGUGGUGGUGCAGCAGAUGA